GGACGGAUGUUGUCAUCCAUCAAAAUAGCGUAAGAUGACCACAAGAGUUAACAAUAUAACUGAGUCAUGAGGCGUGUCUGUGUUUAGACUUUUUUUAAAUACAACCCAUAUACUUAAGCUGAAUGAGAAAGAACUUAAAACCCACCGUUGGAAGAAAUGAAUUUCAACUCAUCAACAAAUGUGCCUAUGUGUGAUGUUGCUGAUGAGGACACACCAAUGGCAGCUAUAGAUGCUGAUGCCGCCGACCUCAGCAGCCACAACCUGACCCUGGAUCAACUUCCUCCAGAGCUGCUCAUCAGGAUAUGUGAUUUCCUGGAUGUACGGGUUAUUCACAAGCUGCAACAUGUGUGCAGAGUCUUUGAGGAACUGUUGUCGGGAGAUAACUAUUUCAAAACAAGAAUCAGUCGACGGUGGCCAAAGAUUUACCCUGCCAUUCCAGUUGACAACUUAAACUGGCAGGAGGCAUGUGAGGAAAGGGAGGUAACUCAUGCUGCAUGGACCAAUCAGGAAGCUCACCUGGAACAUUUCACCUAUAAUGAGUGUCUGUUUGCUGCUGUUGAUACCGUCCAUCUCAUGAAGGAUGGACAGAUUCUGGCUGCCGGAUCACGUGAUCGCUACUUGACCAUCCUUGACCUUGACAAGUAUGACUCCAUGAAGAAAGAUUCCAAGAAGGACAUGGAGAUCUUCAGUGACAACAAGGUCCAUAAGGUAACAUUAUGUGUAGGAUAUUCAUGUGUGCUAGAAAAUUACAUUUGUGGCACCAUCACCAAGAAAACAUAUCACCGAAAACCAGUGCUGUGUGUUGCCGUCGACGACCAGUUUAUCAUCACAGGGAGUGAAGACAAAACAAUCUGCAUUUAUGAUCGUAGAGCUGACAAGAAUUACAAGAGACUAGAGUUGGAUACCUACCCUCUGGACAUGAGCUAUGGCAACAACCAACUGUGGUUCGGAGACAAGCAGGGGUUUCUGCAUCUCUUGGAUACCUCACAUGGAGCAUUUGAUCUUGUUGAGAAAUUUGACGUAGGUCAUAAGAGCAAGCUGACCGGGGUGACCCACAACCUCGGUGCUGUGUAUACCUGCUCCACUGACCACACAGUUAAAGUCCUGGAACCGAGUCGAGACCCCGGAGUCAUAGCAACACUCAACAGCCAUCUUGAUGGAGUAACAGGGAUUUCCUACCAGAACAGGGUUUUGGCCAGUGCCAGUUGUGACGUUUCUAUUGGUAUAUGGAGACCAAGGCGACACUAGACAACAGGACCACCAUCUUUACAGGUUCCUGAGGGGUUGAAGUCACCGCCUUUAUAUACAUUGAAAUCUUAAUAACUUAAGUUUAAUGGUCGAGGGAGUUAACAGAUGUGAAUGUUUUCAUCAGCUCCCAUCUUUAUAGUUUUACUCCCAUCUUUAUAGCUUGUAAUCACCACCAUCAUAGGUAUACUAGAAGAAGUAUAAGAAAAUGUCAGAUGAAAAACCUUCCUUAAUGGGUUGAUGUUGCUCUCUUAAUUCUGUAUACUGUUUAAAAGUGUUUAUGUAAUUGUACAUAUGUUCUCGCCAUUAUACUCUUUAAAUUUAAGAAGUAAGGGAUGACAGAUCAAUGUGAAUGUCAGGUAUUAGAAGUGAAGGAUGUUUAUGUCUGCGAAAAGUAAAACACAUCCAAUGCUUUGCAUUUAUUGUACACAACACCCAACACAUUGGAGUAGGGUGUUUCUGAUUUCGACGCUUUCAAGGUCGUGUCUUGUUCCCUUUGUUGUCAAGUUUACAAGGCUGUCUGUCAACACCUGUCAAAGUGCACCAAAGGGCCGAAGCUUGCUUUCAGUCACACAACAUCCAUAGAAUUCCAUCUACAGCAAUGAACCCAGACCUGCCCCCAGUAAACAUUUCUGGGACAUGGGUGUGCAUCGACAUCAUAAGCUGCUGACGGGGCGGUGGGGUAGCCUAAUGGUUAAAGCGUUGG